AGCCGUUUCUGCAAGUAGAUGGACAGUUGCUCCAUUGUUAAUGAGAGGCCUGCUUUGACAAGCGGCCGAUGGAGGCGGAAACGCCAGGAGGAGCAGAUGCUCCAAAGCCAAAGGACACAAAGGACAAGUCCGUGGAUGAACAAAUUCAGGAUGCACUUGAAGCAAUGCUGUCCAAGAAAAGUUUGGUCAAAGACCAGUUCUUGGCAAGCAAGAUGAAUCCACAGAUGUACAUUCCUAUUUCUGUUCUGCUGCAGCAUGACCGCUUGCAAAGCUUGCGAGCUACGCAGAUGCAGGUGGCAGCUGCAGCUGCAAAGUCGAAACGAUUGGGAGUGGAUGACCAAAGAACCAUGGUUCGCCCAGUAUUCAAGUCCAAAAGGCACAUUGUAAUUCUUCGAGAUUUGCCUGAUGGUACGACAGAGGAAGAGAUCCUGAGCCUUUUCUCAACUGGCCCAUAUGCUGAAAAUGUGGUGAGUGUCAAGCCAGAGGUGAACAACACCUGGUUUGUGAAGUUCGUCGAUGAAGUUGCCCCAGAAGUUGUCCUGUGGCUGCGGUCGCAGACUUUCAAGGGCAAGCCGGUGAAUGCAGCCAUCAAGUCAGAGCACUUCUUGCGCAGCUUUUUUCCUGUAAACCAAAGCAUGGGCUUUGUGCCCCCAGGGUUGCCUCCAAUGGAUGAAGGAGAUGUGCAUCCCAUGCAUGGCUUUCCUCCAGCUCCGUUUCCUGGUGGCAAAGGCGCCGGUUGUCCAGAUUUCAUGCCACCUCCUGGUAUGAUGCCUCCAAUGCAAAUGGGGAUGCCUUAUGAGAUGCCUGUGGAGCCCAACAUGCAAUUUGGCCUGCAAUCUCCAGGCUUUUGGAAGCCUUGGGGCAGUCGCCACAGACAACCACCGCUGACUUUUUCGCCUGACUGCCCUCGAAUUGGUAAUGAUCAGGUAGCUCCUCAAAUGGAAUCCUGGGGAACAGGUGCUCCCAGCAAGGGAAAGAGCAAAGGAAAGGAAGAUUUUAGCAAAGGGAAGUCGAAGAAAGGGAAAGGAACGUCUGGGAAGUGGAGCAUCGACUGGGAGGACUCAGCACCGCCUGGCUACAAGGGCAUCAAGGGCAAGCCAAGCUGGUAUGAUGAGUCCGAGGAUGUCGCGCAAGUUGUGCCCCUGGAUGACAGAAUCAGGCCUCCAAGAGAGAGGAAGGCAUCGGAUGUCAAAGCCCCAAAGAUGAAAUGGGCUGUGAAAUCUGGCGGAGAAAGUGGUUGAGCGCUCUUGUUACUCCGCGAUGCAGGCCAUUGAUUUUGCCGAAUGCUACGCAGAAGAUCGGUUUCACCUAGACAGGGUUCGAAACAGCUUCAAGUGAAGUUGACAUCUCUUAAAGGGCUUGCAAGCGUAGAAC